UAAAUCGCUUUCUCCACAAGUUCCUUUCACGAUGAUCUCGUUCAACAGACCCAAUUUUCUGCUACUCUCAUUGGCAGAAACAAGCUUUGGGUGUUUUAAAGUUGGGUCGAGGGGAGAGAAAAAUAGGUGUUGUGAUGGAAAGCACAUUGAAGGAGAUGACCAAUGGUGAUUCAGUGCUUGAUAUGGAUGAUAAAUCUGGUGUCGGUGGUGGUGUUGAGGACAUGUACGGUGAGGAUAGAGUCACUGAGGAUCAGGCUGUCACCCCUUGGACCGUCUCUGUUGCUAGUGGGUAUAGCUUGUUGCGUGACCCUCACCACAACAAAGGGCUUGCCUUCACCGAGAAAGAGAGAGAUGCUCUUUACUUGCGCGGGCUUCUGCCCCCAGUUGUCCUCUCCCAAGAACUUCAGGAGAGAAAGCUGAUGCAUAAUCUCCGCCAAUAUAAAGUUCCGCUGCAAAGAUACAUGGCCAUGAUGGAUCUUCAGGAGAGGAAUGAGAGGCUAUUUUACAAGCUUCUCAUUGAUAAUGUUGAGGAACUGCUUCCAGUUGUGUAUACUCCAACAGUUGGAGAGGCUUGCCAGAAAUAUGGGAGCAUUUUUCGCCGUCCGCAGGGCCUUUACAUUAGCUUGAAAGAGAAGUAUGACCACCAAUUUGUAAUCUGCUUUAUAGCCUCUUAGUUUGUUGGAUUCAAUGUUUG